GUUUGACUAACUGUUUCGUGAAAGUGAAUUAUCAGGCUGCUUUCACAUAAACUAGCAAUGGCUCAAACAGAUUGUUUUACAAAAGAUGGAAUAUGGUCACUCGCUAAUGGAACAACUGCACUUGUUACUGGGGGUACUCGAGGCUUAGGAUUUGCCAUUGUAGAAGAACUAGCGAGCUUUGGAGCACAUGUGUAUACAUGUUCACGUAGUAAGGAGGACCUAGAAGAAUGUUUGCGCAAUUGGAAAACCAAAGGAUUUAAGGUAUCGGGGUCAGUAUGCGACUUAUCAUCACAAGUCCAACGCGAAAAGCUUAUGGAAAUGGUUAGCCAUGAGUUCAAUGGGAAGCUCACUAUUCUAGUGAACAAUGCUGGUAUUGCUGUGGCAAAAGAAGCCACACAAACUACUGCAGACGAUUACUCUAUGAUAAUGAAAACAAAUGUUGAAGCUUCAUACAACUUGUCUCAACUUGCUCAUUCUUUAUUAAAGGCUUCUGGAAAUGGAAGCAUUGUAUUCCUCUCAUCUGCAGCUGGGAUUGCUUCAAUACCUUCUUCUUCAAUCUAUGCUACCUCCAAAGGAGCCAUCAAUCAACUUACAAAAAAUCUAGCAUGUGAAUGGGCAAAGGACAAAAUUCGUGUCAACGCUGUUGCACCAUGGAUCAUUAGAACUCCUCUCAUCGAAUCACUGAAUGAAGAAGAGAUGAUUAAAUGUUUAAUUGAUCGAGCUCCAAUGAAACGCACGGGAGAGCCAAGAGAAGUUUCAGCAACAGUAGCAUUUCUUUGCUUACGUGCUUCUUCAUAUAUUACUGGUCAAAUCAUUUGUGUUGAUGGAGGAGUGACAGUCAAUGGGGGUCCUUAAAUCAUGUUGUGGUUACAAUUAUGGAAUUUUACUAUUCAUGAAGAGUCAAAAUUCUAACUAUAUAUUGUAAUAAAUCUCAAUAAUUUUUCAGCGAAAAGUAUUUUACGAAUUUCAAAUUA